GAACACGGCGGGAUUUUCAGACGCUGCAGACUUUUUUAUUUUUUUUUCCUCCUGGUUACGUUUCGGCUUGUUGCUCUGCUCGGUCUCCGGUUUGACAGCCAUUAUUCUUCCAAAACUCUUCAUUCUUUGGUACUGAAGACGUGUGUGGCAUUGUGGACGUGUGUCUGAAAAAGCGGUUAAGUGAUAUAUGUUUAAAAAAAAAAGCAUAAAUUGGAUUAACGGUAGCUAAGCUAAGAUAAGCUAAGCUAAGCAGCUAGCUGUCAGAGAGCUAGCUUGAUUAGCGCCUAAGUGCUGUAGGCAGGAAUUAAUGACUAUAAUUAUGUAUUAAGAGACUCUGCAGUUAAGUUUGGUUGUUGUUUGUAUUCAGUGUGACCGACUGAAUAUUGUAGUUAUUUGUAGAAUUAGACAGGUAGAGCAAAUGGACAGCCAGCAGCACCGCUAUGACUCCUGCAGUCAGGGGAGAGAGAACAAGAUGCAGAGGAAAAAGGCUUUGGGUGGAGUCGGACCUGCACCUUACACCACCUGGGGCAACGAAGAAGCGGAGAAAAAGCCCAAGUUUCCCUUAAACAUCAGAACGCUUACAGAUGAUGUGCUGGACCGAUUUGCAAGUAUUCGUAUUCCGGGCAGUAAGAAGGAGAGGACACACCUUCCCCACAUGGCCAAGCAAUCCUCCUGUGACUGGUCCACCUCCUCUGAGUUUGACGACCUGUCCUCCAGGAUCACUUCAGAGAAGGAGAUUCUUGCUCUCUUUGAGAAAAUGAUGGAGGAUAUGAACUUGAACGAAGAUAAGAGAGCUCCACUCAGAGAGAAGGACCUGAGCACAAAGAGAGAAAUGGUCCUUCAGUAUAUUGUCACAGCAGCUAAGACUGGCAGUCUGAAGAGCAGCCGCCAUCAGAUAUCUCCUCAGGAGUUUCUCAGUGAACUGAAAAGUGGAGCGACUGAUGAGAGGCUGUUUGCCUGCCUGGAUUCCCUCAGAGUCUCUCUCACCAGCAAUCCAGUCAGCUGGGUGCAGAGUUUUGGUCAUGAAGGCCUCGGACUCCUGCUGGACAUACUGGAGAGGCUGCUGCGCAAGAAACACCAAGAGAAGGUUGAUAAGAAGAGUCAGCACAAAGUCAUCCAGUGCCUAAAGGCUUUCAUGAACAACAAGUAUGGACUGGAGCGAAUCCUCGGGGAAGAGAAGAGCUUGGCACUGCUGGCCCGAGCCAUGGAUCCUCAUCAACCUGCCAUGAUGACAGACGUCGUCAAGCUGCUCUCUGCCAUCUGCAUAGUGGGAGAGGAGAACACCUUGGAGAAGGUGCUUGAAGCUAUCACCAGUGCAGGGGAGAAGAGAGAGACCAGCCGCUUCAGCCCUAUAGUCCAGGGCCUCACUGACCGCUCCGUCCAGCUCCAGGUGGCUUGUAUGCAGCUCAUCAAUGCUCUCGUUACGUCUCCUGAUGAGUUGGACUUCAGGCUGCACAUCCGAAAUGAGUUCAUGCGCUGCGGCCUGCGAGAGAUAUUGCCGACUCUGGGUGCUAUCAGAAAUGAGGCUCUGGACAUCCAGCUGAAGGUGUUUGAGGAGCAUAAAGAGGAGGACAUGAUGGAGUUUUCCCAUCGCCUGGAGGACAUCAAGAGUGAAUUUGAAGAUGUAGGAGACGUGUUUAACACGGUGUAUAGCCUGGUGAAGGGCACGGUCGCCGAGAUGCAUUUCCUCUCCAUCCUGCAGCACCUGUUGCUCAUCAGGAAUGACUAUUUUGUACGGCCUCAAUACUUUAAGAUCAUAGAGGAAUGUGUGUCGCAGAUUGUACUACAUCGCAGUGGGACAGACCCGGAUUUCUCCUACCGCAAGCGUCUGGAUGUGGACUUCUCUCACCUUCUAGAGGUGUGUGUGGAUAAGGCUCGGGCAGAUGAAUUUGAGCAGAAUGCUUUGGAGUUAGCCCAGAAGGUUGAUGAAGAGAUCAUGGAGAGACAGGAGGCCUUGGCCCAGCUCCUGAAGAAGGAGGAGAAAAUCAGUGAGCUGGAGGCAGAGAUACAGGCCUUCAGAUCUCAGUUUGGGACAGUUCCAGUGGGCAUACCUACAGUGCAGUCUGUCCCAGCCAUGUCUUCAUCCUCCUCAUCCUUUCCACCAGGACCCCCUCCUCCACCCCCUGUACCUGGGGCUCCACCUCCUCCUCCCCCGCCUCCUCCCCCACCUAUGCCAGGCUGUGCUGUCAUGCCUGGAGUGCCUCCUCCUUUUGGUGCCCCUCCUCCCCCUCCGCCUCCAGGACUAGGGGGCCUUAUGUCCUCCCCCACCCGGUACGUGCUGCCGUUUGGCCUUCAGCCCAAGAAGGAGUUCAAGCCUGAGACCAUCAUGAAGCGCCUCAACUGGUCCAAGAUCCAUCCACAGAAAAUGACUGAGAGCUGUUUUUGGGUUAUAGCCAAUGAGGACCGCUAUGAGGACGAGGAUCUGCUUGGCCGUCUAGCUCUCACCUUCGGCUCUCAGAGACCCGCUCGGCGAGAUGAGGAGGAGCUCGAGGAGAAGAAAUUCAUUAAGAAGAGAAUCAAACAGCUGAAAGUGCUGGAUCCUAAGAUCGCCCAGAACCUGUCUAUUUUCCUGGGUUCCUUCCGUUUGCCUUAUGAGGAGAUCAGGAGGAUGAUUAUGGAGGUAGAUGAGGAGCAGCUAACAGAACCUAUGAUCCAGAAUCUGGUGAAGCACCUUCCUGAGCAGGAACAUCUGAAUGCAUUGGCCAAGUAUAAACAUGAGUAUGCCAGUCUCUCCGAACCGGAACAGUUUGGGGUUGUGAUGAGUGUUGUAAAGUGCCUACGGCCAAGGCUGAACUCCAUCCUGUUUAAGCUGCAGUUUGAGGAACAGGUGAGUCACCUGAGGCCAGACAUGCUGGCGGUGAGUGCGGCAUGUGAGGAAGUGAGGAAGAGCAAAGCCUUCAGCAAGCUGCUGGAACUUGUGCUGCUCAUGGGCAACUACAUGAAUGCUGGCUCUCGCAACGCCCAGUCCUACGGCUUUGACCUCAGUUCCCUCUGUAAGUUGAAAGACACCAAGUCGGCUGAUCAGAUAUCCACGCUGCUUCACUUCCUAGCUGAGGUGUGUGAGGAGAAAUUUCCUGACGUUCUCAAAUUUGUUGAUGACUUGCAACAUGUCGACAGAGCCAGUCGAGUCUCGGCGGAGAACCUGGAGAAGAGUUUGAAGCAGAUGGAGAAGCAGAUGCUGCAGCUGGAGAAAGAUCUGGACACCUUCAGCUCCCCUGACAACCAAGAUGACAUGUUCCACAGCAAGAUGGCCAGCUUCUCCACUCACGCGAGGGAACAGUACCAGAAACUGGUCAUCAUGCACAGCAACAUGAACACGCUGUUCCAGAACAUGGUGGAGUACUUCGCCAUCGACCCCAAGAAGACCUCCGUGGAUGAACUCUUCACAGAUCUGAGCAACUUCAGAGCCAUGUUUGUGCAAGCAGUGAAGGAGAACGGGAAGAGGCGGGAGGCGGAGGAGAAGCAGAGGAGAGCAAGGGCUGCGAAAGAGAAGGCCGAACGCGAGAAGCAGGAACGACAGCAGAGGAAGAAGAGGUUGCUGGAGGUCAAUGCAGAAAAAGAUGAGACUGGAGUGAUGGACAGUCUGCUUGAAGCGCUGCAAUCUGGAGCUGCUUUCAGAGACCGAAGGAAGAGAGCACCUAGGCCCCGAGAUGAAGCAACUCAAAUGGUCAGCCAAAGGCCAGUUCUGAAAGACUGCAAUCAUGAAAACACAAAGGUACCUCUGCAAAGGUCACGGUCUCGGCAGAAUAUCAAUUUCAGCUUGGUGCGAGCCCCCACUUCCAAGGAGGCUCAUUAUGAGAGCGAGGCCCAUUCAUCUGCGGCACAGAGAUCAGCCCACCGCCCAGAGAGGGAGCAGGAGAAGGAUCGAGUGAGAGAGCGAGAGCGUGAAAAGGAGCAAACUCCCCCCAGCUGCUCAGCUAACGGAGAGACUGACGUGGAGACUCUUCUAGCCCGGCUCCGCGCUCUGUGAUGAUAACCUCACCUCCAUUACCCAAUGCUCUUUAACCUCUCCAUUCCAUAUGCAUUCAAAGUGGCCCACCAUCUCUUUUGCUCUAAUGACUACAGUCAAGCACGAGCACACAAACAGAAGAAAAGUCUUAACAGCUAACCUUUCCUUUUACAUGUCUCUGGCCUUUUUCUAUAACAGACAUGUUGUUUUGAAAGAAGUGCUGCCAUUGUGCUGGCAUUGACCAAAUAGUUCAGUUCAAGAAAUUUUUGCUUAAGCCUGGAGAUUUUUGAUGGUUGAGAAGAACACUAAGCUUACACUUCUCAGAAUGUAUAAAAGGAGACGUGCAGUUGUAGAGAGGUUUGCCUGUGUAAUUAACAGGAAAGUUAUUCUCUACCACGCAGCAGUACAGUGCUAUCAAAAUGUUUUGUGAGAUCUUAAGCAGCAAAAAGCAUUUAAAUGCUACAGCACCUUGCUUAGGUACAUGUGUGCACUUUGAAUAUAUCCUUUAUUCUAUGCAAACUCAUUAAAUAUCUUUUCAAAAAUAGUUAUAGUAAUUUUUUAAAAUUGUUUUAUGUUUUUGUUUAUGGAAUCGCUCAGCCCCAUAUGUAGUGAUGGUGGGCUCAGAGAUGUUGCAUCAGCUUUACAGUAAUUUGAUAUAUUGACAGCAGAUCAUACUAUAAUUAUUCAUGAGAUAUCAGCUCUGUAAAUUAAAAAUAUAGUUGGGUUUAGCAUUCAAUGCAUAAAAUUAAAUCAGGAAAUUGGUGCUUUUGCUGCUAACCUACGCCAUUUUCUUAAAAGUCUGUUAAAUUCCAUACAGUCUUCAUUUGACACUUGCUCAGGACCAAAAGCUCUGAAAGCAAUUUUAGAAAAACCAUGAGUAAGUCAUGUUGAGUGAUGAGUUUUUUAAUUACAUCUUUUUUUUUUUUUUUUUUUAAUAUAACCCCCCCUUUUUUUUUUCUUUUCUUUUUUUUUUCCUCUUCCCAUUUUCUCCUAAUACAGUACUUGCCCACUAGGUCCCACGCACUACCUAGUUUUUGUCCCUUAUCAUAUAGCAGCUAGCCAGCCUGAGAGUGUGAGGGCUAACAAAUGAUUUCUGUGAGAAAGCCAGCUGCUGUAUCAUUUCAAACUGCUACUUGUACAAUGUUACAGGCUAGCCAACACUCUGAAUGAUAUUCCCUUUUCUGUACAUGUGAGUGCAUACACACCUCUGAUUGGCUAAUGCAAGUCUGAUCAAUGGAGACAGAGAAUCGCCAUCACUUAUACAACAUGGCUUUUGUCACCUUAAGACAGUAUGAAUUCUGGUAUUCAGUAACAGUAACUGCUACUACAUUUGUAUUGCCCAAUCCUAACACCAGCUUUAUCUUUUUGUUAAACAAAAAUAUAAUAUGCAUGUUCAUUGUUGCGUAUGCGUGCUAAAAGGGCUACAUAAUGUAUUAGCUACAGUAAAAGAUUAUUACACUCUGCAUUUACUCAAUCUCUCUUAAUCUUUGAUACAUAUUUUGUUGUGUAGUCUCUUCUGUGAGUGAAUGAAUCUUGAAAUUAAUUGACCUGUAAUUCUCUUUCUUGUCAACAUGGUAUUAUCUUGUCUUUUCCUGAUUUAAUAAUAAUCUCAUGCAGUAUCUCUCAAAUUGAACAUGACACCGGUGAUAAAUUAUGAUUUGGAUAUUCCCUUAAAUUUAUUAAAAGCUCUGUAUUUCUUUUCUAACUUUUAUAUGUCACACAAUUUAUUGCAUAGACUUUGUGUAAAAGGUUUUUGGUAUCAUUUACAUUAAAGAAACAGAACACUGUUUUG